CCCCACCUUCCCCCAAAAAGACUGUAGCCACUUCCUGGUUACUUUAUUGAGCUUUUUCCGUGUAAAGGGAUGAGGUUUUCUGGAGAAAUAAAGACUGUCCAUUGAAACUGGAUUCUAAAUUCAGACAAAAUGAGCUGGAUGCCCUUCAAGAUUGGACAACCAAAAAAGCAAAUUGUUUCUAAAACCGUUGAAAGAGACUUUGAACGAGAAUAUGAGAAGCUCCAAAAGUUGGAAGAUCAGACAAAGAAGCUCCACAAAGAUAUGAAGAAGAGCACAGAGGCUGAUAUAGCCAUGUCCAAAGCAGCAGUGAAGAUCUCAGGGGACCUGCUCAGUAAUCCACUGUGUGAACAGGACCAGGCUUUCUUGGACUCCAUGACUGCUCUGGACACAGCCAUGAAGAGGAUGGACUCCUUCAACCAGGAGAAGGUGAACCAAAUCUCCAAGACUGUAAUCGAUCCUCUGAAAAAGUACAGCGGUGUGUUCCCCAGCCUCAACAUGGCAGUGAAAAGAAGGGAGCAGGCUUUACAGGAUUACAGGAGGUUACAGUCCAAAGUAGAGAAGUAUGAAGAGAAGGAGAAGACAGGCCCCAUCAUGGUCAAACUACACCAGGCCAGGGAAGAGCUACGACCGGUGAGAGAAGACUUUGAAGCCAAGAACAAGCAGCUGCUGGACGAGAUGCCCAAGUUUUACCACAGCCGCAUCGACUACUUUCAGCCCAGCUUUGAGGCACUCAUCCGGGCACAGGUGGUGUACUUCACAGAGAUGCACAAGAUCUUUAGUGAGUUGACGGAUCAGAUCGACCAGGCAGGAAUGACUGAUGAGCAGCGGGAGAGGGAGAACGAGGCCAAACUGAAUGAGCUACGCGCACUGUCCAUUGUCGCUGAUGAUUGAGAGAAGGGGGGAACUCAAAAGAGAGGUUGCUCUAUACCUCUGGCCUUCCUUCUUUUCACACCUUUUUGACUGGAUUUCUUCUUUUCCAGUAUCCUUCUCAGCUUUGAUCAUAACCUAAUCAUCCAUUUCUUUCUUGCAAUAUCUUUUCUCUUUUCCCACCACUUUUUCUCUCUCUCUCUGUCCUGCACUCUUUAAACUUAAAAUUCAAUCAGUCUUCUGUUUUCCCUUGACUAAAGAAAUACUGAGAUUUCAACUGCCACAUUUAAAAGCCAUCAACGAUUAUCUUAGGGAAAUGCCAUUAUCAUAGACCGAUAUGUACUGUAUAUAUUUUUUUAUUUAAUCAUGGAAUGAAACCGAACUUCUAAACUCCUUUUUGGGUCACAACAUGGAAUGACAUAGUAAACUAUACAUUUACAGUGCUGUGACGAAAUAAGUAAAACCACCUUUGGACUUUUUGACAUUACAUUUUAAUUCCAUUGAUUAGCCUAAUUCUUCCUUAUAGCUUGCUACAAGGAGGCAAUCAGUAUAAAAAGAAAACCAGUUUGAACGUUAAGAGGAUGUAAUCAGUUUAAAAAGAUAAAUCUAUUUGAACUUUAAGAAUAAUUUUCUAUGUACUUCAACAUUGUGGAAAGAGAUUCCUCUAGAUCCCUUGAUAUUACCCCAGGAUUCUUACUGAGUUUUUUUCCGUCACAGAAUUUGGUGGGACGUUCUAGUGCUCUAGAAUUUUCCCAAAAUGUUAUAUUAUCUCUUGGCCAGUGAAAUUAUUGAAGUUUUCUGUAACCCUUCCUGGAGGUCAUGGGCACAAAUGUUAUUCUCAGACCUUGGCAUGCUGUGUUACUGCACACCUGAGGUGUAUUCAUUUUGCCAAACAGGUUUUAGUUUUCAAAACAUUUUAAAUUUAGUUUUGUGAUUAAACAGAAGAUCUAGUUUACGUGAAUCAAUUCAUAGAAAAAAAAAGUAGUUGGAAGAAGGAACUUAGCAUACUUCCGAUCCUGGAGUUGCCAAUUUAUAAAAGGACCUGUUUUGAUCUACACUUAUUUAAAAACGCAGAAUGCAAAGAACAUAUUUAAAAAGGAAAGUGAACUACAACUUCCGAUAUGGAUCUAAACAAAAUUCAAAAGCUUUGACUUACUUUGUAAUACUUAAUAUUUGUGCCUGAAGUAGCUGUUUCUAAUGCAGCCAUUAAAUGGGAUGAUGAAGGCAGGGGUUUGCAUUAAUUGUUGUUUUAAUUGCGUAUAUAUUUGCAGUGUUAUUUGUUAAAUUAGGUUAUUCCUAUAACAAAAAUGUCAAACACAUUACUUUUAAGGGUGUGUAUUUACUUCCUCACAGCAUUGUAUAUCAUUUCCAUGUGUCACAUUUUCUUGUAAAAAAGCUUUGUACUCUGUUUUGGGUAGUUAAAUUUUCUAAACUUUUUCAAAUCAGGGUAUAUACCAAAACAUCAAAUUCAUGUUUUGGUAGUCCGUGAUUUUCAUAUCUCACCUCUGGGACCCCAUGAUGAUUCACAUUUUGUUGUAGCACUGAACUAGAUCACCUUAAUCACUUUUGAAUUAAUUGUGCUAGCUCUGGAAUAGAUUAAAUAAAUGGAACUCAUGGGGCUCCCCGAGAAGAGGUUUGAGAACCACUACUCUAUUGAACACUAAUAUUGACAUUUUAGCAGGCUAGGGAUUGAAGUGUAACUCAACGUGUUGGUCAGUUAGCUGCAUUCUUUGAAUUUGUGUAUUUACUGUUUUCCCUGAAAUAGGGGCUUUAUUUGUAGAAGUACAAAUGAUAUUGAGAGUUACUUGUAGUAUGUUAGUCAGUACCCACUUGGGCUGUCUGGCUUAGGUUAUAAUUUUAAAAUAUUUUAUUCUUGUCUUAGGGAUAUGUUUCCGGUCUUAGGGAGAAUAUUACAUUGUCUUCAACUGAGAUACCAGUAGUCUCUUUAACCUUUUGUUGUUUGUCUCUAUAUAGGUUUAAGUGUCAAAAAAAGAGGGCAUGCCUUCCAAAAGCAAUGCUGUUGCUCCCUCUAGUGAUACUUAGCGUUCAUUGUUCCAGUAGCCUUUUAUUUGUCCAUCUCUUCCUUCUUUGUUCUAUUGUUUGGUUCAUGGUUACGUUUUAAUUAAAUUAUUUAAACUCUCCAGUAAAUGUUCCUAGUACAUACAAUUAUAAAAUAAUGCUUGAUGAGGCUCAUUUCUAUCAAUUAUUGCCUAAGAUGAAUUCAUAGCAUUACGUAUUGGUAUAUCACUGAACUAUUAUGCCCAAUGUUGUUGAAAUUAUAUUAACGGCUAAGUCUCUCUUUGUUGAUUUGUCAUGUUUUGAAGAAAUUCUUCUGACACGUGCCUUUGUCUUUGUGGUCAGGUAUUCACAAAAUGUUAAGUGUUAAGAAAUUUGUAAUUUAUUUUUGUUUGUAUUUUCUAAAAAAGUAGAUUUGAUUCUAGUUUAUUUAACAUUAUUACUGAGUGAGAAACAUGGCAUGUCAUCAAUUCCUUUAAUGUUUGUGGGUUUUAUUAAGCAAUGUGGUAAAUUCUUGUUGCUAGUAAUGCUUUUGUAUUUUCAUUUUAUAUGAACAAUCAUGCAAUAAAUGGAUUGUAAGAAUA